ACGCAGCCUCGACCUUCCUUUUGUUUUAAUCGGUCCUGCGCGCGCGCGUGUGCGUGAGUACGCGUGUGUGAGUGUUUGUGUGUGUGUGUGUGUGUUUGUGUGUGUCUUUUUUUCUCUCCUCCCCCUUCUCUUUUUUUCCACGCCGCGUUCUGCUGGGGGACUCGUGAAUGGCAGCCAAUGGGAGGGGUGAGUCCCCUCAGCCCUUCAGCCUCCCUGACAUCCACAGCGAGGAGCGGCGCAGCGCCACCGAGACGCGCGGCGGAGGAGGACCGACGGCCGGCGCGAGCUGCACGGAACGGAUACGACGCGCGGAGCAAGGAGAAGAAGAGAGAGAAGAAGAAGAAGAAGAAGAAGAAGAAGAAUAAGAAAGAAGAAGAAGAAAGAAGAAAAGCCCAAACUAAUCUCCUCCCGAGAAUAAACUUCAUUAUCAGGUGCUGUGAGCCCCGAGCAGCCCAGACUACAGCAUGUGGACCGACCCGACGCUCUGACCAGGAACCACCGGGGACACCUAAGUGGUGGUGGGAGACGGGGGGGGGGGGGAGGGGCGCUGGGGGAAGAAGACAGAAGGCGGCGGCGUUGGCGUGUGCGUUGGCGUUGGCCAUGGAUAGAAGGAACAUCUUCUUGGUGAUGGCGCUGUGGGCCGUGGUCCACCUGGGCUCCCCGGCCCACGGGCUCAGGGCCCUGCGGAGGACCAGCGCCACCGGGGGGCGGAGGGGGGCGGCGCCGGUGCCGGCGGGGGGGCUGACGGGACAGGACGCCAACGGGGCGCCGCUCCGACGCUCCAAGCGCGGCUGGAUGUGGAACCAGUUCUUCCUGCUGGAGGAGUACACCGGGACGGACAUGCAGUACGUCGGGAAGCUCCACUCGGACUCUGACCGCGGCGACGGCAGCGUGCGCUACGUCCUCACCGGUGAGGGGGCGGGGUCUCUCUUCAAGAUCGACGAGAACUCGGGCGACAUCCACGCCACCAAGAGGCUGGACCGCGAGGAGAAGGCGUACUACGUGCUGCACGCCAAGGCCGUGGACCGCCUGACCAACGUGGCCCUGGAGGGCCAGUCCGAGUUCAUCAUCAAGAUCCACGACAUCAACGACAACGAGCCGCGCUUCACCCGGGACCCCUACGUAGCCCGGGUCCCCGAGAUGGCCGACAUCGGCACGUCCGUGAUCCAGGUGACGGCGACGGACGCCGACGACUCCACCUACGGGAACAGCGCCCGCGUGGUGUACAGCGUCCUGGAGGGGCAGCCCUACUUCUCCGUGGACCCCGACACCGGCGUGCUCCGGACGGCUCUGCCCGGCAUGGACCGCGAGGUGAAGCAGGACUACGAGGUGGUGCUGCAGGCCAAAGACAUGGGGGGGCAGAGCGGAGGCCUCUCUGGGACCACCACGGUCAUCAUCACGCUGAGCGACGUCAACGACAACCCGCCACGCUUCACCAGGACCCUCUACGAGUUCCGGGUCCCGGAGUCCCUGCAGCCGGGCUCCUCCGUGGGGCUGAUCCGGGCCACGGACGCCGACAUCGGCGAGAACGCGGCGAUGGAGUACCGGAUCACCGGCGGCGACGCGCCCGGCGUGUUCGACGUGGCGACCAACCGGAGCUCGCAGGACGGCGUGCUGCUGCUCAGGAAGGUGACACGCGGUUGA